CUAGAAAACUGAAAGUCCCUAGAUUCUCUCCGGCUGUCUUUCCAGUGAGCGGUUACACGUGAAAUUUGUGUAAAAUUGAUAAAACUCUCUGUAAAUUGUUGAUUCACCAUGCCUUCCGACGCGAAGAAACGCGAGCAGCAGCGCAAAAAGGGGGCUGCGAAGGCGCGUCAAGCCGGCAAGAAGCCCCCCAGCAAGGAGCAGACGUCGUCCCAGAACGGCGAUUCUGUGCAAAACGGCACAGUCGAGUUGAGCGCCGAAGAGGCGCUUUGCGCGAAACUUGAGGCCGAUGCGAGGCUGAAUGCCGAAGCGAGGGCUUGCACGGGGAGUUUGGCCGUCCAUCCCAAGUCAAGGGACAUCAAAAUCGAUAAUUUUUCCAUUACUUUUCAUGGGAGUGAGAUGCUGCAAGACGCUAUGCUCGAGUUGAAUUGUGGAAGGCGGUAUGGGUUGUUGGGGCUCAAUGGGAGCGGAAAGUCGACUAUUUUGGCGGUAUUGGGGAACAGAGAAGUGCCCAUUCCUGAACAUAUUGAUAUUUUUCAUUUGACUAGGGAAAUGCCAGCGUCGGAUAAGAGUGCUCUGCAGUGUGUCAUGGAGGUUGAUGAGGAGAGAGUGAGGUUGGAGAAGUUGGCUGAGGAAUUGGUGGCGUGCGAAGAUGAUGAAUCGCAGGAGCAGCUCAUGGACAUCUACGAGCGUCUGGAGGAGAUUUCGGCCGACACCGCCGAAGCACGUGCAGCCAACAUCCUCCAUGGUUUGGGGUUCACUCGAGAAAUGCAAAACAAGAAAACGAAGGACUUUAGCGGUGGUUGGCGAAUGAGAAUCGCAUUGGCUCGGGCUCUUUACGUCAAACCUCAUUUGUUACUUUUGGACGAACCGACCAAUCAUCUCGAUCUUGACGCUUGUGUGUGGCUUGAGGAGGAGCUCAAACAUUAUAAGAGAAUUUUGGUGUUGAUUUCGCACUCACAAGAUUUCUUAAACGGCGUUUGCACAAACAUUAUCCACGUCAAUAAAAAACGCUUGAAGUAUUACACGGGGAAUUACGAUGCUUUUGUGAGGACUCGAAUGGAGUUGUUGGAGAAUCAAAUGAAACAAUACAAUUGGGAACAAGAUCAGAUCAAUCACAUGAAGAAUUAUAUUGCUAGGUUUGGACACGGUUCGGCUAAAUUAGCCCGCCAAGCCCAGUCUAAGGAGAAGACUUUGGCGAAAAUGGUCGCUGCUGGUCUCACCGAAAAAGUGGUCAGUGAUAAAAUCGUCACGUUUUAUUUCCCCAGUUGUGGGAAAAUCCCGCCACCUGUCAUCAUGGUACAAAACGUUAGUUUUCGGUAUAGCGAUGACGGGCCUUGGAUUUAUAGAAAUCUGGAAUUCGGGAUUGAUCUGGACACGAGGCUGGCCCUCGUAGGACCCAAUGGUGCGGGGAAAAGUACUCUACUGAAGCUUCUUUACGGCGAUUUGGUACCCACCGAAGGCAUGAUACGGAAAAACUCGCAUUUGCGCAUCGCCAGAUACCACCAACACCUCCACGAACUCCUCGAUUUGGAUCUCUCGCCUCUGGAAUACAUGAUGAAAUCGUUCCCCGAAGUGAAGGAAAAGGAAGAAAUGCGAAAAAUUAUCGGACGGUAUGGUUUAACAGGGCGUCAACAAGUGUGCCCCAUUAGACAGUUGUCAGAUGGGCAAAGAUGUAGAGUCGUUUUUGCGUGGUUGGCUUGGCAAGCCCCCCAUUUGCUCCUGUUUGAUGAACCCACCAAUCACUUGGAUAUGGAAACAAUUGAUGCUCUAGCUGAGGCUAUCAACGAUUUUGAGGGGGGAAUGGUAUUGGUCAGUCACGAUUUCAGACUUAUCAGUCAAGUCGCUAAUGAAAUUUGGGUUUGUGAGAAAGAAACCUGCACGAAAUGGAAUGGUUCUAUUCUCGAGUACAAAGAACAUCUCAAAUCGAAGAUCUUGAAAGAUAAUGAUAAACGGAAAUAACUUGUCCAGACUCUAGGUUUUGAUUUUUCGAUAGUAAAUUAUUUUUAUGGAAACGUUGUAUGAUCUUGUACAGUUUUAGAUGAAAUUAAUUUAUUAUUUAGUGGCAGGUUCCCACCUUUGUACUAACUCCAAAUUUUCAAUUGCACUACUUUAAGAACACCAAUUGGGUUAUACUGUCGUCUAUUUACAAAAAAAAACUUUUAUUUAACUAUGAAAUAAAGAAUACUAAGUUUAAAAAUACUUGUACCUAAA